CUGUAGAACUGCCGUAAGCUGUCAAGUUUCCCAAUCUCCUUUCCACCAAUUUUCUCGCGCGACUUCACCUUUCCAUCGACCACGAACAGCACAGCAACAACUGCACGCCAUGGCCGCCCGCGGCUUCAAAUCGAAAUCCAAAGCGGAUCCAGUCAAAGAUGCGAUCCCAACGCCCUUCAUCAAGGCUCCCUCAUCCCUCGCACCAUUCCUCGAUCGCCUGGACCCGUCCAAAGUCCACAUCACCCACCUCGAUCGCAACCCUCGCUCUGUGAAGAAGAACAUCUUUCUCAUUCCCGUCCUUCUCAAUGGCUUCAUCGCUGCCCUGCUAUUCUGGCGCCUCUAUUAUGCAGUGCCCAAAUACUACAUCCUCCUACAGACCCUCCUCGGGUACUCGACCUCCGAAACUGUCGACACAGUCUCCACGACGCGCAAACAACAGAUCAAAAUUCUUCUCGUCCGGACUCUGACCAUGGCUUUUGACUUCUUGCUAUUCCGCUUCGUUGGUCCUUGGCCUCUGACCUUCUUCUUCGAACAACCUGUCAACCCUUGCUCCUACCGCUGGAAGAUUGGAUUUCGAGAUGAAGAGGUCGUUGUACGAGUGAGCAGGAAUUGGAACACGAAUGAUUUGAUGCAAGGCGUAAAACAAGGACAAGAGAAUGCUUUCUUCAAGACGAGAAUAUUGCCUGCCAUCUCGCAUGAGGAGAUGCGGAAGACCGGAUACUUGAUGAUGAAUGAGAGCUGGGAUUUGGAAUUUGAGCUUAUGGGUGAUGCGGAGACACUGGUGAAGAGGAAAGAGGUGAGGAAUGAGGAUUUGGAUAAGGUUGUGUUUGCGUUUUUGGAAGGAGGAAAGCACGGGUGGGUUAUGUGGAAGUGGCAGGAGGAGGAUGUUAUUGAGACGAGGAGGAAGAAGGUUGUGGCGUUCAAGGAGGUUUUGACGAAGUUACAGAAAGAGUCGUUGUUUUGGAGGUGGACGGAGAUUGUGGAGGAGGAGAGGGAUGCUGAUGGGGGUUUCACGGCAAAGGGUCAGGAGAGGGUCGUGGAGAGGGUGAAGGCUGAGUUUGAGAAAGAGGGUGUGGAUUUUGAGGAGAUUGUGAAGGGUAUUGGUGGGCUGGAUACGGUGCCUGCCUCCACUGCUGGCGCUGCGAAAUAGUAAUUGCUUCGAUUGGAGCGUUCACAUUCUUGCUGAGAUACUGGUCAGUUUCGCCAUGGAUCAUCGAAUCGAUUCUCACGCUGUUAAACUCCAAUACUCUCAGACCCC